GUUGACAAUUGCGUUUUUCGCACUCUCUGGUCUGGAUAUGUUGGAUUCCUUAGAUGUGGUGAACAAAGAUGAUAUAAUAGAAUGGAUUUAUUCCCUGCAGGUCCUUCCCACAGAAGACAACUCAAAUUUGAAUCGCUGUGGAUUCAGAGGCUCUUCAUAUUUAGGGAUGCCAUUCAAUCCAUCCAAGGGUCCUGGUAUGUUUCAUCCCUAUGACAGUGGGCACAUAGCAAUGACUUACACAGGUCUCUCAUGUCUGGUUAUUCUUGGAGAUGAUUUAAGUCGAGUAAAUAAAGAUGCCUUACUGGCAGGACUGAGAGCUCUCCAGCUGGAGGAUGGAAGUUUCUGUGCUGUGCUGGAAGGUAGCGAGAAUGAUAUGAGGUUUGUGUACUGUGCUUCCUGCAUCUGCUACAUGCUUGAUAACUGGUCAGGCAUGGAUACAAAAAAAGCAGUAGACUACAUUAGAAGAAGUAUGUCUUAUGAUAAUGGCCUGGCACAAGGAGCUGGACUGGAAUCUCAUGGUGGCUCUACAUUUUGUGGCAUUGCAUCACUGUGUUUGAUGGGUAAACUGGAGGAAGUUUUUUCAGAAAAAGAACUGAACAGGAUAAGAAGAUGGUGUAUAAUGAGACAGCAAAAUGGCUACCAUGGACGACCCAACAAACCUGUAGACACCUGCUAUUCCUUUUGGGUGGGAGCAACUUUGAAGCUCUUGAACAUAUUCCAAUAUACGAAUUUUGAGAGAAACCGGAAUUACAUUCUGUCAACUCAAGAUCAUCUUGUUGGUGGAUUUGCCAAGUGGCCAGAUAGCCAUCCAGAUGCUUUACAUGCCUACUUUGGGAUUUGUGGCUUGUCAUUAAUUGGAGAAACUGGUAUUUGCAAAGUUCAUCCUGCCCUGAAUAUAAGCACAAGAACCUCAGAUCACCUUCACCAUCUCCAUCAGAUCUGGAAAACAAGGACUCUAAAAGAGUAUUCAGGUGACACACACAUCUCUACAUGA